AUGAACUACAUGUAUCUGAUCUGGGACCAUGGGGCUUCAAGUUUGAUUUCCAUCAUUGCCAUCUUCGCCCUUGUCUGCGUGGCACAAGAGGAGCAACUUCCACUGAUAAACUCUCAGCCUAAAGCCGCCCCAGUAGCAUGCCACACGCUGGCAACACGCUUCCCAUCUCUUGUCACAUUCCCUGCCGAUAGACAGUACCAGUCUCAACAGGCCCGAUACUGGGCUUCCAAUCAGGCAGACUUCACGCCAUCAUGUCGCAUAUCGCCUACGACGAGCGAGGAAGUCGGCACUCUGGUGUCGCAGCUCGUUGAGUUCGGCGACGAUGUGAAGUUUGCCAUCUCGAGUGGCGGACAUGCAACUGCAUCUGGCGCCUCGAACGUCGAUGACGGGAUCACGCUGGAUCUUUCUGCCCUGGAUUCCAUAUCACUGGCUUCUGAUCAGUCUUAUGUGGAUGUUGGGACUGGAACUCGUUGGCUCGAUGUCUACCGGGUUCUUGAUGCUUUUGGUCUAACGGUCACGGGCGGAAGAGCUGCAUCGGUCGGCGUGGGCGGGUACCUGCUCGGUGGUGGCAUCUCCCUAUUCUCAAGCCUGUACGGCUGGGGCGCCGACUCUGUCGAGUCGAUCGAGGUCGUCCUGGCAAACGGCACCCUCAUUACCGCAUCCGCGGCAAUACACCCCGACCUCUUCACCUGCCUCAAAGGAGGGGCCAACAAUUUCGGUAUUGCCACCCGCUUCCGCAUCAAGACCUUCCCGACUAAUGGUCCUCUUCACGUCUCCCUCCUGCAGUAUUCCCAUGAGUACAUCCCCACGGUGCUCCGUGCGCUCAGUGACCUCACGCAAAACGCCCACCUGGACCCCAACUCCGCGUCGGCGGACCUCUCUGUAGGCUUCGACACUACGCUAAACAACCCCGGGCAGAACAACACAGUGUACAUGCUCAUGCUGGCGCGAUUAGUUCCGCCGGAGGAGAAACAAGUUGAUACCACAGACGAGAACCUCCUUGUCCCACCACUAUGGCAACGCUUUUUGGAUAUUCCAACUCUAUCCACCUCGACAUGGAGAUCAACCAUGAGUGACAUUGCCGAGCUCGUGGAAAUGAGUAAUCCUUAUGGGUACCGGUAG